GGCAGAUUCGCUGGCUAAUUAUAUUGCUGCAGGGACAUCACCUAAUCAUUGGAAGGCUUCUGUGGCGUUGCCCAUAAACCUCGUACGGCUGAGGGCUUCGCCUCCCCCAUUCCCUUCUAACUUCACCCACGUGCUCCUUUUCCCCAAGAGCUUCUCCAUCCUUGCAAUCCGUUCUGUGGAUAUGCAACAGCACUCAUCCUAUGUGACCCCAAUUCCCAGCAUGCAUAUCGUGUGGGAUCGCUCGCCACCAUCAUUCUCUCUGGAUGUGGCUCGCUCCCAGCAGCUGUACAAUCCCGGCCUCUUACUGUACGGUGGAGGAGGCAGGCACCUCCCUGAUGCUGAUGAUGCAUCGCACCAGCACGGGACAAUCCCACCGUUGACGUGAGCGGCAUUUCACAUUGGGUACCAAUUCUUGACAUACCCUGUAUUCAGAUACAGUCAUUCCAUGAUCUUAACCGAGCAUGAUCAACAUUUUCCGAGCCAUUUGACACGAACCUCAGUCAUCGUGUCCGCCUUAGGAAUACAUGGAACUCGAGAUUAUGCUUCGGACACACUGUGCCAAGCUGACGAUGCUGCAGACGUUGAGGUGUCCAUGCCUCCCUACGCACAUACCCUCCCAGACGUCCGAGCGAAUACCCUCGACUUGAUGAAUGGAGUCUGGCAUUGGGGUGCUCAAAAUGUGGGGGUACAUAAUCCUUUUCCCGUUACUUCAUCGACCAGUCGCGCCGAGGAAUGUGGAGGCUCGUUGAUGGUUCAGCACCCCCAGCUACCACUACGUGAUGCCUGCUCCCAUUGCACUGACGAUGCCGUACAAAUGGGUGAAUCGACGUGGAAUACAGUUAUCGAGGGAAGUUUUUUAAUCCCGGAACCCUCGGAGGACCCCAUGGUUGUCAGGAUGUGCAAACCUUCCUCGGUUCGAAUGAAUCGUUUCCCCCAUUUUCCAAUUGGGCACCGCCCCCUUCUCAUGGACUGCUCACCGGGGCCGUUCCGAGGUCCACAUGUACCUCAAUCGUAUCAAACAUUGCUAAUGAAACCACAACGAACGUGGGGACGAUACCCUUCCUACUCCAUCGCACUGCGCUCCAGCCUGGAGGGGGGGACAAUUGUGAAAGGAUGGACGGAAAUUGUCACGCUUCUGGCAAGAUGGCACUAUUGUCAUAUUCAAAUGAGUCGUGGCAUCAGGAACAACUGUGCGGAUCGGGCACACCAACUAUGUCUGUGCUGUCAACCUACCACGUAGACCCCUCAAAUUCCGCUACCUUCUUCGGCCACCAGGACGGUGUGCAAAGAGCACCAAACUACUACGAUAUAUCCCAGUCUUGUUAUCCAAAUGCAG